AUAACGCUGGUCAUUAAUAUUGAAGGCUCAGUCAAAAUGGAGACGGCCACGGUGCAUCUACUUGAAAUAAAAGCAACUAUGUUAACAAAGCCAUCUUUAUACACAUCAAUCCCAAUUGCUGUGGAGAAACACGAUCUACCAGGUAAAGCAUUUUCUGAAGCCUUUACGAAGGAUAUUGGUAUUUCCAAAGGAUUGGAGAAUUUUGCACUUGGCGAGAUGCUUGUCCUGUCACAGGCAUUAGGAAAUAUUUUCCUUGGAGAGACAUUUUCUGCUUUUAUCUGUGUGCAUAAUGAUAGCAAUCAAAUUGCCAAAGAUAUUGUGAUAAAGACUGAUUUACAGACGUCCUCACAAAGACUGACGUUACUUAGUGCAACUAUCAAUGAACCUGUGCCCAAAUUAGAUCCUUCAGAAAGCAUUGAACAAGUCAUACAACAUGAAGUCAAAGAACUUGGAAUGCAUUUACUCGUUUGUGCAGUCAGUUAUACGUCACCAAAAGGAGAAAAGAUGUUUUUCAGAAAGCUUUUUAAAUUUAAUGUGAUCAAGCCGCUUGAUGUCAAAACAAAAUUUUAUCCAGAGGAAAAUGAGAUGUACUUAGAGGCUCAGGUCCAAAACAUUACUAAAGUUCCUUUGACAAUGGAGUCGGUAAAGUUUGAACCAUCUCUGCACUAUACUUCAGAGGACCUCAACGAUCUCACCAGUCCUUUUCACGUUGGAAAGAGUUUUCUUCUCAACCCGAAUGACACCUAUCAGUAUUUGUAUCGCAUAAGAACAAAAUAUUCUUCCACAAUGCAAGAAAGAGUUAAGUCUCCUUCUUCGGCUGUCGGCAAGCUCGACAUUGUAUGGAGAUCGGCCAUGGGAGAAAAGGGACGAUUGCAAACUAGUCAGUUACAGAAAGCUCCAUUCACAGUGCCCGAGUUGAAUCUUAAGAUCACAAAACUACCCGAUGCAAUUUGCGUGGAGAAGAAAUUCGAAAUGACUUGUACCUUACAGAACACAAGUGAAAGGAAGUUUGACUGUCAACUGUUGAUGACUAAAUCAAAAGAUGGUGGUAUUGUGUGGUGCGGUACAUCUGGCAAGAGACUGGGAAUCUUAACACCUGGCACAUCGAUUGGAUUACAGUUGCAAUUUCUUCCUUUGGCAACAGGUUUACAGACUAUCGGAGGAAUCAAAAUAUUGGACAGUAUAACAUCCAAAACUUACAGCUUCGACGACAUUGCCAAGAUAUUUGUAUACGCUUCUCUACAAUCGCCUUUUCCGACUUAAAAACGUUACUUGUAAAUUUUGUGAAUAAUUAUCAACGCACGCUGCCCACUGAUAAGGGUUCUGUCGUACGUGUAGGGAUACUAUUGUGAGUGUUACAAAUAAUGCGUUGUGCUAUGAAUUCUAGCCGAUCAAGGUAAGCACACCAGCAUUUUUUGUGAUAAAAACAAUAGUAUGAAUAUUCCAUGUGUAUGGAGAAAAUAGAAAUGUUUUCGCAAGUAUGGAGUACUAAUGGACUGCAACUACUGUAAGGUAUUCAGAGAGUGGUAUUAGGUCAAAAUCAACACGGUUCCCAUAUAUUUCUCACUAAUCAAGGUAGAUCUCAGGACAUGCUAUUCCAGAAUAUAGUGCAAUGUUUAGCCAAGAGAUAUCUUACGCCGUUUGCAAUUCUUUACGGAAUAAAAUCAGACUAAGUCAAAAAA